AUGGCAGAGUCGGUUAAGGAAAGCCAACAAGAUGCGCCAGCCUCCCCUGAAAUGACAAGUAAAGACUACUAUUUUGACUCGUACGCACAUUUUGGCAUUCACGAAGAAAUGCUUAAAGACGAAGUCCGUACAUUAUCUUAUCGCGCGUCUAUCUAUCAAAAUAAGCAUCUAUUUAGAGAUAAAAUAGUGCUUGAUGUAGGCUGUGGAACUGGAAUUCUUUCCAUGUUUGCAGCCAAAGCUGGCGCAAAGCAUGUAUAUGGUAUCGACAUGUCAAACAUUAUCGAUCAAGCUCAGCAAAUAGUUGCAGAUAAUAAAUUCAGCUCCAAAAUAACUUUGAUCAAGGGAAAGAUGGAAGAAGUUGAAUUACCAGUGAAAGAGGUUGAUAUUAUUAUCUCCGAGUGGAUGGGGUAUUUUUUAUUGUACGAAUCAAUGUUAGAUACAGUCCUGUUUGCGAGGGAUAAGUUUUUGAAGAAGGGAGGUCUUGUAUUCCCGGACAGGGCUACAUUAUACCUUGCUGCUAUUGAAGAUGGGGAGUACAAAGAAGAAAAAAUCGAAUUCUGGGAUAAUGUGUAUGGAUUCGAUUUUAGUUCCAUCAAGUCGGUGGCUCUUAGGGAGCCAUUAGUAGAUACUGUUGAUUACAAGGCUGUUUUGACAGAUGCAUGUGCUAUCAUGGACAUUGACCUCAACACUGUACAAAAAUCGGAUUUAUCUUUCACUGUACCAUUUGAGCUGACAUCUCAACGCGAUGAUUACAUCCAUGCUUUUAUAGGAUGGUUUGACAUUGCAUUUAAUGCCUGUCAUAAGCCCAUAAGAUUUAGCACAGGACCCCAUGCAAAGUAUACUCACUGGAAACAGACAGUAUUCUACACGCAUGAGACUAUCACCGUCGAGAAAGGAGAGAUCAUCAAAGGGACAGUAACGUGUGCACCUAAUAAGAAGAAUAACAGGGACUUGGAUAUUGAGAUUGCGUUUGACUUUCACGGAUCGGUCUGUUCUGUAUCUGAAGUGUGUAAAUACAAAAUGUAA